AUGAUGAUCGGCGUUGACCCCAAGCAUCCUAUCGAACUUAUGCAACAAGAAGAACAAACGCUAUUGUCCUCUUCACUUGUCAAUCAUCUGCAUUCUUCCAGUGCAACUACUGCUUGUUCUAGUAUUUAUGAUAAUAAUAAUAAUAAUAAUAAACAUUAUCAUCAAAAAAAUAUUAUUUUAUCAUCACGAAUUAGAGUUGGUCUACGUUGUUUAUGUCCAUUAGAUGACAAGCAAACGCAAUUAUUUGAUGAAAUAUUUUCUAAUAAUGAACAGACAACGGACAUUAGUGAACGUAUACUUAACGAAUUUCAUCAACUUCAAACUACAAUUCUAUCAUCAGCAUUUAUACGUUUAGAUAAUUUUAUUAAUAAUGAUCAAGAAAAAGAUUUAAUUCUUCGUAUUAGUGUACAAGAAUUUUUAAAUUAUAAAACAUCUGAAACAAAUUAUUUAUUAUCAUCAAAAGAUUCUUUUAUUUCGUCUCGAAAUGAAACAUGUCAAUAUUUAAAUAAUCUUUGUUCAGUUCAUCGAUAUAAUCCUUUAUUAAUUACAUUUCAUCUUCUCUAUCGUUCAACAAAUACUAAUAACGCACUAUUUCAUAUACUUUUUACCAAUGAUAAUGAUAAUGAAAUAGGAAAAGAACAAUUUUCUGAUAUUUUUAUGUCAUUGGCAUUAUCCUUCUCGUCAAAUAGACAGAAACAAUCAUGUAAUAUAUCGAAAAAGCGGAACCUAACGACAGAACAAUCAUUACCAUCGUUAUUGCGUCAAUAUGUGUUAAAUAAUGUUGAACGAUAUUCAAAAAAUUCUUUGUAUAUAUUUGCAAAUGUUAAAAAUGAUAAACAAUUAAAAUAUUGGACAAAAAUUCAACGUUUAUUUCGAACAAAAAAACAUCGAUUGAAAAUGUCUAGAGAUCGUACUGAUUCAUCAUCUGUUGAAACAGUAAUAAAUCAUAAUAAUAAAGAAAUAUGGAUUGAUGGUCCAUUAAGUUCAACAAAUUCAAAAAGUGAAAUAUGGAUCGAUGGUCCACUUGAAAUUUAUUCUCCAUCAAUAAAAUUUCAUCGUAAAAAAUCGAAAUCAAAAUCACGUUCAAAUACACAUUGUCAACAUACACCAAAGGCUAAAACUUCUAUUAUUUCAUCAAAACCUCCUUUACCAUCAUUUCAAUCAUCAACUAUUUUACAAAAAGAUAAUGAUAAAUCAUUAUCAACAAUAAAUUUUGAUAAUGAAUCAAUUGUUAGUUCACAUUGUCAUUUACCUGUAUUACCUGUAUUUAAAGAUCAUACAUUAUUACCAUUUCGUACAAAUCAAAUGUUAGAAAUAACAAAACCAUUAAAAAUUGAUUUAAAAUUAAGUACAAGUAAAUUAAAUGAUGAUAUGGAAAUGUUAGAAAAAACACUUGAAACAUUAUUAACUCCAUCACCUAUUGUACCAAUUGAUAAUAAUAAACAAUCUUUAAUGUGCCAAUCAUUAAAUCGUAUUAAUCAAUUAUCAUCAUUUAUGUCAAAUGAUGAAAAAACUAAACGUUUAUCAAGAAUUGUUUCUCCAACACGUUUUGAUCAAGUAUUUAAUAAUAAUCAAUUAUCAGAAAAUUUUCAUCUUUCAUCAACCGGUUUAUCAGUUCCAAAUUCACCUAUAAUUAAAUCUCAAGAUCGUCAAUCACGUACACCAUUAAAUUCAACACCAAAUACGCCUCAUCGUUUAUUAUCAUCAACAAAAAAAUUAAAAAAUCUCUCCGAAUCUAAUCGUCAAACACGCCCAUCAAUAUUUCAACGUUUAUUUGGUUUACGUUCAUCAUCAAAUCCAUCACAAUCACCAAUACCAAUUAUUAUUGAAUCUCCACCGUUAAUUUCACCAUUAACAGUUACAUUAGAUUCACAUGAUGAUCUUAUGCCAUUAAUAACAAGUAGUACGGCAUCAUCAUCAGCAUCGGGACGUGCUAGUUCAAGUGGUUAUGAAUCUAUGAGUAAUACGGCAUUUGAAGAAAUGAUUUCAUCAAUACCAAUAAUUAUGAGUAAUGAAAACAAUUCAGUUAAAUUAAGAAAUAAAUCACUACGAAAAGAUGAACGACGUUCAAAUCCGAGUACAUCAUGGAAUAGUCCAAUUCUUCGUGAUAAAUCUCAUCGUCAACAACGUAUAUCUCAAUUAAAAUAUCGUCAAAAUGAGUUGAAACUUGAAUUAGCAAUGACAAAAACAUUUUCAAGCACGGAUAAAAAUAGAAAUUUCGAUCAUAUUGAUUCUCUGAAUUCCACAAUAAAUAAUAAUCCAAUUCAUACAAUUAUGUCAAAUACAAAUGAAGAAGAUGAACUUGAAAGAGACAUUGAACAUUUAGAAAAACGUUUAGCACUAGCUAAAUCACAAAUACCCUAUGGAACAUAUAAAAAAAAUAAACAAUUUACAUCUUUGAAUGAUAAAUAG